AUGGGGAGUUUGGCUGGGGCGGCACAUCUGCUAAACAUCAACGCAGAUGCCCUAAGACCGAAAGGAGAAAAGUUAGCAUUAUUCGGAUUUGUAUCAUCAAUAAGAAUUGCGAAAGCAUGGCCUAUCGAUCCUUUAAGCCCAGAAAGAUUCUGGCUAGAGGUGACGGAAAAGUUACCACAGGGAUAA